AUGUGGCCUGAGCUUAUCGCAAAGGCCAAGCGUGGAGGUUUAAAUUUGAUACAAACUUAUGUGUUUUGGAACAUUCAUGAGCCUGUGAAGGGCCAGUACGAUUUUGAAGGACGAUGUGACGUAGUGAAAUUCUUCAAGAUGAUUGGAGAGCAGGGCAUGUAUGCAACUCUCAGGCUUGGACCAUUCAUCCAAGCUGAAUGGAACCAUGGUGGACUCCCAUAUUGGUUAAGAGAGAUUCCAAACAUCAUAUUCCGUUCUUACAAUGAACCGUACAUGAUUCACAUGGAGAAGUUCAUCAGGACGAUUGUCGAGAAGAUUAGAGAAGCGAAGUUAUUUGCACCACAGGGAGGUCCUAUCAUCUUGGCUCAGAUUGAAAAUGAGUACAACACUGUCCAACUUGCAUAUAGAGAAUUGGGAGAUAAAUAUGUUCAGUGGGCAGGAAAUUUUGCUCUGGGUCUGAAAGUAGGAGUACCAUGGGUUAUGUGCAAGCAGAGAGAUGCUCCUGGUGAAGUGAUCAACUCAUGCAAUGGAAGGCACUGCGGAGAUACAUUCCCAGGCCCCAACCGUCCCAACAAGCCUUAUAUCUGGACUGAGAAUUGGACUGCUCAGUUUAGAGUAUUUGGUGACCCACCUUCUCAAAGAGCAGCAGAAGAUAUUGCAUUUUCAGUAGCACGAUGGUUCUCCAAGAAUGGGUCGCUAGUCAACUACUAUAUGUUCCAUGGUGGGACAAACCUUGACAGAACUGCUGCUUCAUUCGUAACAACUCGCUACUAUGAUGAAGCACCUCUCGACGAAUUUGGUUUAGAGAGGCAACCAAAAUAUGGUCACCUCAAGGACUUGCACAGGGCUCUAAGACUAUCCAAGAAGGCUUUGCUUUGGGGCACGCCUGGUGUAGAAACCAUGGCUGAUGAUCUUGAGGCUCGUUUUUAUGAGCAACCAGGAACAAAACUCUGUGCUGCUUUCUUGGUAAACAACGACACAAAACAAGAUCAGAAUAUUAAGUUCAGAGGUCGAGAAUUCUACCUCCCUCCACGUUCCAUUAGUAUCCUUCCUGAUUGCAAAACCGUGGUUUACAACACCAUGACGGUUGUGGCACAACACAAUUCAAGGAAUUUUAAAAAAUCCCAAACGGCAAACAAGAAAUUGAAAUGGGAGACGAUAUCUGAAGCCAUUCCAAUCCAACUUAAAGUAACAGCCAAGAUCCCAAACGAGCUCUAUUUCUUGACCAAAGAUGCCACUGACUAUUCUUGGUACACCACAUCCAUGGUAUUAUAUCCUCGAGACUUGUCUGUUCGAAGAGACAUUCUCCCAGUUAUAAGGGUUGCAAGUCUUGGCCAUGCAAUGGUUGCUUUUAUAAAUGGAGAAUAUAUAGGAUCGGCACAUGGGAGUCAAAUUGAGAAGAGUUUUGUCCUACAGAAACCUGUGGAAUUGAAGCCUGGGGUUAAUAAUAUUACACUAUUAGGCUCUCUGGUUGGGCUACCUGAUAGCGGAGCUUAUAUGGAGCAUAGGUAUGCUGGGCCUCGAGGUGUAACAAUCCUGGGUUUGAACACUGGAACUCUGGAUUUGACGGCAAAUGGUUGGGGUCAUGAGGUUGGAAUGGUUGGAGAGAAGGGUCAAUGGUUUAAUGAGGAAGGAUCAAAGAAGGUAACUUGGAAAGAAGUUCCACAAGGAGAAGGUCCUCCAGUCACAUGGUACAAGGCUUAUUUUGAUGUUCCUGAAGGAGAUGAUCCAGUUGCUGUCCGUAUGACUGGUAUGAAAAAAGGUACAAUUUGGAUCAACGGUAAGAGCAUUGGCCGUUACUGGAUGACUUACGUUUCCCCUCUUGGCAUUCCUACUCAAUCUGAGUACCAUAUCCCCAGAUCUUAUAUGAAGCCAAAGGAUAACCUCAUUGUAAUACUGGAGGAGGAGCCUGCCGACCCCGGAAAGAUAGAGAUUCUCCUUGUGAAUAGAGACACAAUCUGCAGUUUCAUAACAGAGCAUCAUCCACCAAAUGUAAAAUCAUGGGCACGGAAAGAUGACACAUUUAAAACUGUAGUUGAUGAUUUGCGACCAUCAGCUCACCUCAGGUGUCCAGACGGCAAGAAGAUUAUCGCAGUGGAGUUUGCAAGCUUCGGCGAUCCUUAUGGUGCUUGUGGAGGUUAUGUUCUUGGAAAUUGCACAUCCCCUCUUUCCAUGCUGGUUGUCGAACAGAAUUGCGCUGGAAAAAAUGAGUGUAACAUUCCUAUGGAGAGAUCUCUCUUCGACAAGGAUCAUGAUGCUUGCCCAGAUAUUAAAAAGACACUAGCCAUCCAAGUGAAGUGCGGCUAGAAGAAUUAGACCUUAAGAUAUAGAAGGGCGUUUGUGAUCAUGGGUCUGAAUGAGAAACACCUAGUCAAGCACAGAAUUCGUAUCGCUUAAAUUUGUAUCUACAAGACGUUCAAACUCAUGAUUUGUACUCACCUUGUCAUAUUCAAGUAUCUUAUUAAAAUUAAGAGUGGAUUUUUUUUUUUUUUUUUGCCUGUA